AUGUCAACAGCUAGAAAAAGCAGUGUUGUGCAGACUUCAACUCCGCAGAAGGAGAUACAAGUAGUCGUUAUUGGCGGAGGAGGAGUAGGAAAGAGUGCUUUAACUGUGCAGUUCAUUCAGGGCCACUUCAUCGAUGAAUACGACCCCACUAUUGAAGACUCGUAUAGGAAGGAGUGCAUUGUUGACAGCGAGCCGGUUUCACUAGACAUUCUUGACACAGCUGGACAGGAAGAGUAUUCUGCUAUGAGGGAACAGUAUAUGCGAACUGGCAUGGCUUUUCUUCUUGUCUAUUCUGUGACAUCGCGUUCUUCUUUCGAGGAAACCCAAGCCUUCCACAAACAAAUUCUCCGCAUCAAAGAUACCGAGAAGUUCCCUGUUGUACUUGUGGGAAAUAAAAGCGAUCUCGAAAGCGAGCGUGAGGUGACAUUCGAAGAGGGUCAGCGCGCGGCCAACCUCAUUGGGAUUUCUUUCUUCGAAACAUCAGCCAAAAACCGAGUCAACGUUGAGGAGGCGUUCUUAACACUUACGAAGCAAACACUUAAGUUCCAAAGAGCACAGUCGCAAGCACGUCCUGUCUCGGCUGCUACUGCUCCUGCUCCUCGAGGUAAUCCCGUCCCUAGGCCAGUUAAGAAAGAGGAGAAGCGGAACGGGUGCUGUAUUGUAUGCUGA